AUGGAUACCUCUUCAGAAAAGUCACCUGCCUCAACAACGAAUGUCCUCACAAUCACACGUCCCACGCCCACACGAAAGACUUCAAAUCAAUCCUUUGAAGUUCCCGGUCUGUCAACCAUCGAGGACGUUGACUCCGCUCACUGUCUGACUCCUACCCGCACUCAACAUUCAGAAAAAUCCGCCAUCAUGGACCCAUAUGCUUCUCCCUUUGACUCCAAACAAGAAAUCGUCGAGACAAUAUCAGGAACCUCAACCACAUACACCGACUUGGAAGCUGGAUACUCAAAUAGCUCACAAAAGUCGGGAACUGGUUGCAGAAUGUUGGCCAAGAACGCUGGUGGAGGAGCCGAUCCAUGGCCAAAUGCAGAUACCGUCAAGCGACAACGAAAGGAGCAGAAGAGAAAUCAAGCAUGUUGUGCUUGUUGGGGAGCCUUGGGCAAGAAGCAGAAGUUGGGGGUCAAGAUUGGAAGCGUCUUACUCGUGGUGAUCGUCAUCACCCUGAUGUGUGUGUUUAUCAGCAAAGCAGUCGGUGGUGGUGUUUGGAACAAUACCUCGUCCAAUGCUCCAAUUACCAUGCCCCACAAUCCUUGA